CUCAUCAUCAAAGAUAUCUACGAAGCGAAAAAUAUAUGAGAUAACCCAGGAUCUGCGAUUUUGGAAAGGAGAGCACGCAAUUUGCUGACGUUGCUCAUACAAGCACGACACAUAUUGCAAACCCUGAAGUAGAGCUAGGUUUGAUAAUGCUGGUUUCAAAUUGAUCUUUCACUGUAUUCGGCUGUGACGGACAGCUAGUUUUUCUGACUGGAAAUAUUUGUCUUGUGGAAAGAUCUCCUUUACUCUCAUGAAGGCAUGUAAUUUGCUGGCUGUGAAGAAAGUCUUAAUAGUUCAGAAACAAGAUUAUUUCGAAAUUUUGAUAAAUGAUUCACUGUUAUAGUAGUCGCGUCGCCCUAACAGCGAUUUCUGGUUUACGGGUAAAGCGAAUAUUCCAGGCAACCAGCUGGAAGGAGCAAAACCUGACGCAGACAGUUGGACCAUCACCACAACACGACUUCUCUCAUCAGAAGGUCAUCAUCUCAACUUUCACCAAAGGACUGUAGGGCGCCUUAUCCUGACUCUCUUUGCACGACGACAACUUCAAAAAUUGGCUUGUAGGAGCGCGUGUGUCCGCCAGUGUGUACCCCAUUGAAUCAAUAUAGCUGCUUGCUUCCCCCCUCGGAAGCGAAGCAUCGAAUCUUUUCGCGAGAGGAGGUUCAAAGAGAGUUACUACAGAGAACCCGGAACCAAUUUUACUUUCUGAAUUUUCCAAUCGGAUUGGGGAAAUUAGUAUACUUUUUUUCAAAGUAUUGUCCCAGGUGUCGUGCAUCAGUCUUCUUGGCGACUUUAAAGGAUUUCUCAUUGGCUAGAUUUCACUGACGGGUGCAUUUGUAUGCACUCAGUUUCUGGGUCUGUUCAAAGCCGUCCAUCCAUCCAAAAUAGCUCUCUUUCUGUCUUCUUCACGAUACGAACUACAAUUUCAGGCGACACAUUUGAAGCAAAGGGCCUCUCGUUGUUACACCCUUCUCUUUGAAGAGUCUUUGUUAACUUAUCACCUUAUCUAUACAAUGCUUUCAUCGAGGAUAUUCCUCGCGGCACUUUUCCUUCUAUUCUUUUUCUCGGGGACGUCCGCCUGGUCUACGAAUCAGAAGGUAUUUCGAUCUUCGACACCUCAGAGACGGAAGAAAGACCCAACUACUCCAACAGCAUCGAAGCCCGCUCACAUUACCGCGCAAAACAUGUUGAAGAAUCCAGGUACUCCGCGUGUAAACGAAGCUCCCAGAAAAAGCCGAACCAAGCUUUCCAAUUCUGUUCUUGCCAGUUGCGAUACGCUUCCUUCCUUCCCAACGGCCCACGGGCUUUUAUCUCCUGAGACGGUCAUGCGAAUGGAGGAGCUCACAGACGACGGAAAUCGAAGUCCCGCAGUGUUAUCCUUUUUGAAGACGUAUCGGAAAGAAGGUCCUCUUUCUUGUCUACCAAUGCUCAGUGACCCCGAUGUACUUCCGCAUCUGACCGAGGCUAUGCGUGACAUUGUCUCAUAGCCCCACUUGUACUUUCUACAACAUAAAUCCCGACUGUUUACAAAUGGAAACAUUUCCAUUCACGC